UUUUGUCAACAAGAAAAAACAAAUUGGCAAGUGUUGAAAUAAAGUUCAAAAUAUUUUCCAUAUUAUAUUUUACAGUUAAUAAGACAGUUUUUUCUAAUAAUAUUGAGACUACUUAAUUAUAUAAUUUCUAUAAUUGCAUCAUCAGAAGAAAAUAAUGCCCGUUGGACGUAAACGGUGGAAUCUUCAUGAUGGGCCACAAGGCUCCUUGAGGAGGCUACGUAACCAAUUAGCUGAGGAUGGGUGUGCAGAAUCGCAAGUUGUUUUAGCCAAGCAGUUAUUAGAAGAAAAAUGUGAAUUGGAAGCUGAUAAAGUUUCAAAUUUCAAACAGGCCUUAGAUUGGUUGAUUUGUGCUACUGAACAAGCUCAUCCAGAGGCCAGGAGAAUGCUGAGAAGGUGCAUUCGAAGCGGUGUAAUCGACGAGGACAGCGCAGCGAUCGUGCGCGCCAAGUCGUGCCUCGCGGCUAGCAGACAAGAGACGGUCGCCAGGAAAGCGGCCAGAGAUCUAUUCGCAAGUUUGUCUAACGGCGAGCAGUACAUAACAACGGCGCAGUUGGAGCGGCGGAUUCGUGAAAUAUGCAACACCACGCUGCGUAAAGAACCGGACGAUGCGGACUCGCCGGAUGACGAGGCGCCAGGCAUGGAAGAGGCGCGAGCGCUGGGUCAGCAAGCGUUGGAGCCGGUCGAACACUUGGAACCACUUCAGGCCGGAGAUCAUGCCCGUACUAAUGGCGCGCUCCGCACCACGCAGCCCGAUACACCAGAUUACCCUGACACAUGUGGUCCCAGCGAAGAAAUCAGGAAUCUCACCGUCGAUAACUUAGUCACGGCCGCAGUUGACUACUGUCAGGGCGAGUUGCCACUAGUCAGCUACGAACUGACUCUAACAGACCCCAGUAUCAAGGCUUUAGACCACAUACCCAUCCUCCAACAGGCCUUCUUACAUCCUCUAGUCUUCUUACAAGUUUUAUACCUCAAACUAUUAUACUACUUCGGUUCAUUCUCAUUUAGACUGUCAAAUAUAGAACUGUCAUUAUUACUAGUAGCGUAUUUGUCAGUCAAUGCUGACAGUUUAUACCACUUGGUGCCACUAGUGUUGUACUACGUUAGUUUUGUAGUUAUGGUUAUUUGUACCUUUAAAAUGUUGCACGCGAAAAGACAAUUCAUAGACUUUAGAAAAUGGUCAGGACUGUUUUUAAGGUACAGCGAUGGUAAUCUGCAACCGGACGAAUCGGAGAAUCUAUUCGUCCGGAACAAUUUAGGUCCAUUCAUGCAGUUCUUCGUUGCAUUAUUCAUUAAUUUGUUUCUAUACCCGUUUAUAGCAACCCAAUGGGUGCCGUUUUCAGAGUUCUGCGUACUCUCGUUCUUCCUAAUGUUCCUAACAUUGUUCUCGUUCGGGAAAAACGGUAAUCCAUAUCCUGAUAUUCUCGCAUUACUUUCCUUCGGUAUAAACGUGCUUGCGAAGUAUCCGUACGAGAAAGACACAGUUGUCCACCAAGGUUGGCGGUUCCUUGAUCUCCAUAUAUCCAAUUAUCCAUCUUAUAUACUAGGUAAUAGCAUUGAAUUUUGUUUGAAUGCGCGUGUGUUUUUCUCUCUUUUAAUACCAAUGAUAUUGAUAGUGAUGGCUCGUAGGAGCGACUGGCAGGGUUUCUUCAAGUGUGCCAUCCCGCAUUGUGUGACCCUGAGUUGGUUACAGAUGUUCAUAAUGUGCUCCCAUGGUUGUACAACGUAUGGCUUGAUAAGGGGUACAUUGGCUUUAGUCUGCUCAUUCCUAUUCUUGCCAUUAAUCGGAAUGGUGACAGUGACAUUACCUAUAUUUGCUGUUCUGCAGUACAUUACGUUAUCGAGAGUCUUCUAUACGGUUACGAUAAUCGUUUGGUUUGUGUUGAGCAUGGGAGUCACGUGUUUGCUGGCCAAGUCAGAAACUACGAAGAAAUUUGUGACACCCUUUCAGCUUGCAGUGGGCUUAGUAACAAUCAUAUACUUUGGCAACCAAUUUUUAAGCGAAGUGCAAGAUGAUGGUUUACCUUCUGGCUUGCUAGAACUAAUUGGUGACGAGAAAUCCGGUAUAAGAAACCUAUUGAAGAACGAAUUUAUAUCGGAUUAUGAAGACAACAGUUAUUAUAUAAACUGGGAAGAUUACUAUAAUCAAUGCAACAACCCAUCUUGGUCGGAUGAUAAUAUGGCGACAACGCAAAUAAAAUGUUCAGUUCUUGAAGGAGCCAACGUAAAUUGGGAGGGUUAUGUUAAAGAAGUCAAAUUGAAGAGUGUAGUGAAUAGAUGGAACGCUGUAGCCGCUUGGUUGCCUGGCAUUAUGCAGGAGUAUUUCAAGUGUUAUUAUGGCGAGGAAUAUGCGACCUUGUGUCAAGAACCCGAUGGUCCAUAUUCGAAGAAAGACUGCGAGUUUGUUAGGAGUGUGGCGCGGCAAAGUGGGAAAAGUUGUCACUUGAACAAUCUAAACGAAUACACAUAUGAAGUGAAACUUCUUAUGGAGACAUCAGGGGGACUCUUGAAACGUCACGCAGAGAUAUCAGUACAAUUCGAACAUCAUUUUAAAAAUUUUACCCACCAACUACGGGCCGACGAUAAAAUACGGUUCAAAGGUGUCCUCAGCAAUACAGAGACAUACGAUAUCGGUGCCAAAGAAUUGAACGUAAAAGGUCAUGAAAUACACUGCUUGGAGUGCAAACAGGCGAGCGGUACAGUCACAACGAGAACACCAGCAGUGUCCAAAUUAUCAGAACUCGUUAAAACCAUAAUGAACGAUUGCAUAGUUUCUACAAAGUAUAUAUUGAAUUUUCUAUUGAAUCCAGUUAUUGUUUUCAAAUAAAUUGCAUGUGAUAUAUCAAAUAAUUUAUGCUAGUAUAUACUAUACCUGUUUUUUUUUAUUGACAAGAGAACACAGGUAGGUGAUUUUUUUAAAUUGCCAUGUAAUAUUAAAAUCAAUAUCCGAAGCAAUAGUUAUUAUAUUCAAAUAUAACUAAUUGAUGAAUAAUGUAAUGUUAUUUAUUUAUAAAAUAGCGACUGUAACGCAAUGUUCUAAAUAAUAUUUUAAAUUAUAUGAUCUCCGAUAUGUUUGUUAUUACAUUGUAAUAAUGUGUUUGAUUUAAUAUUAAAUCUAUAUAUUUAUAAAUAUCUUAGUCCGCCGUUAUACGAAGUGUAUUUUAAUUGAAACCUGACAUUAGCUUACGAUAAAUUUGGUUUAAAGUUAAUCGU